GGCUGUUUGCAUUCCAGGCACACUAGUUUCUAAAUGCUUAGGAUUUGUUUUUACCUUUUGCUCAAAUAACCUCUAAAAGGAGCCAUGCGUCUCUUAGCAUGUCUGGGCAUGGUGCUUAGCUUUUUGGAAGAAGUGAGCUGUUCGUGUCCUUCACAGUGCACCUGCAGCUAUCACAGCAGCUCCGAUGGCGUCGGAUCAAGGUCAGUGCUAUGUAAUGACCUGGAUAUGACCGAGGUCCCUACAAAUGUCCCCGUGGACACUGUGAAGCUUCGCAUAGAGAAGACCGUCGUCCGCGGCAUCCCCGCUGAGGCCUUCUACUACCUGGUGGAGCUCCAGUACCUCUGGGUGACCUACAAUUCCAUUGCCAGCCUUGAGGCCAGCAGCUUUUACAACCUCAGGCAUCUGCAUGAGCUACGCCUGGAUGGGAAUGCUCUGGAUGUCUUCCCUUGGGCGUCUCUGCUGGACAUGCCCCGUCUAAGGACCCUGGAUUUGCACAACAACAGAAUAACCAGUGUGCCAAAUGAGGCAGUGAGGUACCUGAAGAACCUCGCCUACUUGGAUUUAUCAAGCAAUGGACUAACCACACUGCCACCAGAAUUCCUGGAGAGCUGGCCCCACGUGCUUACAACAUCACCCAGAAGCCUGGACCUUUCCAGACCAAGAAGAAUUAUUCUAGGUCUGCAAGACAACCCUUGGUUCUGUGACUGUCACAUUUCCAAACUGAUCGAAAUGUCCAAAGUGGCUGACCCUUCCAUAGUACUCCUUGACCCACUGAUGGUCUGCAGUGAGCCUGAGAGCCUGGCAGGGGUUUUAUUUCAGCGGGCCGUGUUGGAUCGGUGCCUGAAGCCAUCAGUGAUGGCCUCGGCCACCCAAAUCACGUCUGCUCUGGGCAGCAACGUCCUGCUGCGGUGUGAUGCCACAGGCUACCCCACCCCACAGCUCACGUGGACCAGACCUGACAGCGCGCCAGUUAAUCACACAGUAAUUCAGGAGUCUCCAGGGGAAGGAGUCAGAUGGUCCAUAAUAAGCUUGACAGGCAUUUCUUACAAGGAUGCGGGGGAUUACAAGUGCAAAGCCAAAAAUUUGGCUGGGAUGUCAGAAGCUGUGGUUACUGUGACAGUGGUUGGUGUCAUCACAACCACUGCAGCACCAGACACUGCUGAAAGAAGAACUGGGGGUCACCCUCAGCGAGAAGUCCAGCUGGGAUCUAGAAGGUCCAUGUCCAUACCUGGUUCUCCACCAUCUCCCUGGCUCUCUUCCUCCUCUUCUUUCUCCCCAUCUCCUUCGACUUUUUUUUCGACUUCUACUUCAUCUCCUUCUUCUGCUGCUUCCUUCCCCUUAUCUCCUUUCUUUUCCUCCACUCUUUCUUCAACUACAACUCUAAGUACUAGAAUUUCAACAAGCACCACUGUGGUCAGUCGACAGUCAUUCCAGCUCCAUUCAGAUGGGAAAAGAAAUUUAAAGGUGGGGGUGGGUGGAAAUAAGCUUCCCCCAGCUAGUGUAAGUAAAAAAGAAGAGCUGGCAUUACUGAAUCGAGCAAUGCCUAUGGAGACAAAUGCCACAGUCAAAAAUCUCAGAGCAGUCAGUGGGACCAAAGAGAGUGUGACCUUGACAUGGAACACUGUUAACAUCACGCAUAACCCUGAGGUGACCGUGUUGUAUUCCAAGCAUGGUGAAGAGGACCUGCUGCUGCUGAAUGCAGACUCCAGCAGCAACCAAAUAACCAUCGAAGGCUUGGAACCGGGUGGGCAAUACAUAGCAUGUGUCUCUCCAAAAGGAGUGCCUCCCCAGAAAGACCAGUGUAUCACUUUUUCUACUGACAGAGUUGAAGAAAGUCACUCUCCCGGGCCUGUCCUUAUUGCAGUGAGCGGUACUGCCUGUGUUGUUGUCUUGCCAUUGAUUUUUUUCCUGUUGUACAAAGUUUGCAAGCUGCAGUGUAAAUCAGAUUCCUUCUGGGACGAGGAUUUGGCAAAAGAGACUUAUAUCCAAUUUGAAACCCUGUCCCCGAGGUCUCAAAGUAUAGGGGAGCUUUGGACACGAAGGCACAGAGAUGAUUCAGAAAAAUUGCUGCUUUGUUCUGGGUCAAAUGUGGAAUCCCAGAUGACUUUUAAAAGUGAGGGUACCAGACCAGAGUAUUAUUCCUAAGGUUUUAUAGCUCAGGCACACAAGAACCCAUAAAAUUUCUUCCAAAAAAUGGAGACUCUGAGGGUACAUUUGACUCUUUGUUUAGAUAACUUUUAGACAGACUUUUACAUCCUCCAUAACAAUCACAAAUGGAGUGAUUUUCAUUGUGUUUAAAAAAACUACAAUCAGACCUCUGAACUGAAGGGACAAAUGAUCUUGAUUUUUGUUUUGUGGAAGAUGUGCAGAGAAAUAGUUUUUACAGCAGUGCUUAACAAGUUAGAAAUAUAUUUUAGGAUAAUGUUUUAGUUCUUAAAAAUAAAUUCAUGUGAAAAUAGUUGUAAAAGACUGAAGUCUAAAUUUUUAAAAGAUGGAUUUGGAGCAAAGAUUAGUAAGACCAGCUAAGCCUUGAUGUUUGUUCAUGUUCGAAGUGCCUUAUGGCAUCUGCUGUGGCCAUUGCCUAGCGGACGAGAAGGAGCAGUACAGAAUUCUGCGUACCACUAUGCAUGACUACAUUAUAUAGUUGUAUCCAGUAUUUCCCUUGAGGACAUGAUACAUAGUAUGGCUAUUUCAAAAAAAAAUAGUAACUUGUACUCUAAUACAUUUGCUAACACUUUGUCCGGGUCUUUUAAGUGCUCAUUUUAAAAUUAUUUCUUUACUAUUUUGAUAUUUACUCUUAUUUUCUCACUUCCUCUCUUUUUUUCUCCCCAGUCCUUUCUUCUUUUCACCCCUUCUGCUUUGUCUGAAGACAUUCAGGUAGUCAAAGACCACAUCUAAGCUGUUUAUAUUUUGCCACGUUAUAUUUUGACUUCCUGGAUAUGGAAAAAACUUUGAAAGUCUUUUUUAGAUCUGAUAAGGAUGUGUUAACAUUUAGAAAGAGCAGCUUCAGUGGAUUCAUCAUAUGACUAGAGAGGACAGGGGCUUUAAAAGACAAAUACCAUGUGAUCUCACGUGUAUGUGGAAUCAAUGAACACAAUAACCUGGUGAGCAGAAUAGAAACAGAGGCCUGGGCAUGUGCAACAGGCUGACAGCUGUCAGGGGGAGGGGGUUGGGGCCUGGAUGAAAGAGGGUGAAAGGAGUAGCCAACACACACACACACACACACACACACACACACACACACACACCAGUGUGGUGAUGACCAGAGGGAAAGGUGGGUGGGGGUAGGUGGAGGUGGACAAAGGGGUGGAAAAUGGGGACAGAAAGAGAAUUUGCUUUUGGCAAUGGGAGCAUGGU